UGGUGGGACACUGUUAUGUUUCCGGGUAGUGAUGUCAUACGUCUUGCUGACGUGUGUGGGUUGUUUGCAUCCACCCCAUAGUGGCUGAAUCCGUACAUUUACAUUAGCGCAGUGCUCCCGGUUAUAGUCAGAGGAACGCGCAGUUCUGAAGGGAUGCUACACAAAGACAGUAAUAAGGAGCUUGUUUCCAGAGCAUUAGAAGUGGAAAGUCUUCUGGCUGAGAGGAAAUAUGAAGACAUUGCAUUCCACUUUACUUAUUUUGAAAAAGCAGUAGUCACAUUAGGAGUUCUGCAGGGAACUGAUAUUACCAGAGCUGUUUACAGAGUUCUUAAGAGCUGUCCAGAAGGAGGAUUGAAAUUAAAGGCAAAACUUUUACUGUCCAAAUGGAAAAAGCUAUAUAGGAGUUGCUGUGAUACCAGCAGAAUUUGUGAGCACUCUAAAAUAUGUGAAAAAGAAUGUUGUGAGAAAGUAGCUGUUCAUUUCCAAGAUCAAGUUCACAAUGGUGAACAACAAAUAUUAAUUAAUAAAAGCACAAGUAUCCCAUCUUCUUCUAAUGAGAGUUCCAAAUUCAAACCAAAGAAUACUGAGUCAAGCACACAAGACUGUUGUGAUAAACAUGAGGAAUCUGUUACACAUGAUGCAGUGCAAAAGGAGGUAAAUGGUGAAGAUUUUGCUUUGAGAACCAAAUGCAGUGAGCUUUUGUGCCAAGCAUUGAGAGAGGACUCUGAAAGUCAAGAGAAGUUACAGAAUUUAGCAAAGGAGAUUGAAGAGCACAUCUAUAAACUGCAUGCCGGUAAUGCCAAGAAAUACAGAAACUGCAUCCGAAGCAAAAUUUCCAAUUUGAAAAAUCCUAAAAAUUGCCAUUUGAAGAAGCAGAUUUUGUCUAGAGCUUUAAGUCCUAAGGUAUUUGCCGAGAUGGGUGCUAUGGAAAUGGCGUGCGAUGAAUUAAGGAAACUUAGAGCUAAUUACACUGAAACCUGUGUUCAAGAGCAUCAACUACCCCAAGGAGUUGACGGUGUUCACACCAAUAAAAUCAGAUGUCGAAGAUGUGAUAAGUUUAACUGCACAGUAACAAUGAUAUCUAGGGGAACACUUUUCCUUCCAGGUUGGGUACGAACAGGAAACCCUGAUGAAGAGAUGAUGACAUUUGUAAUUUGCAAUGAAUGUGGUGAAAAAUGGUACCACAAUAGAUGGGUUUGCCUAUGAAUUUGUACAUUGGCCUUGAACUGUGAAGAAUUGUGCUUGUGGUCGCUCUGUAAAGCUGAACUUUCUUCCUUACAAUAGGUUAAUGAUCAGGACAUACAUUAUUUAUUCUAUUAAACAGGAUUUCUUUAAAACUGCUGUCUGAACUUAUCUCCGGGUAUAACCAUAAAUGUCUAAUUUUAACUCGCAACAGUGCCACUCUGAGUACCAUAUGAAUGAGAGUUUGACAAUGUUAAAACAUUAUCAUCCUUGGUAAAGCAAUCAGUAUCAUUUUUUUUUACAAUACUCUAGUAUCAAAUACAUCUGUUUGUGAUCAGUAGUUGUUCACUGAGAAUUCUUUAGGGCAGUAUUGCAGCCCCAUCAGACAUGUAUAGGCAAUGUAGAAAAGAGAGUAGAAUGUUGAAAGGGGUGCCUCACUUGAUUUGUGUUUAGUUAUUACAUGAGUGGCCCAUACUUCAUUACUAAAGCUGAAUCCACCACACUAGUUUGGAGUAGAAAGACAUUUUUACACAAAAUGUUAAUUUCCAAGCAAUAAGCUCAAGUAAUUGGUGAAAUUUUAGAUGGCAGUUUGAAAUUGCUUUCUUUUUAAAGCAUACUGUGCAUCUGAUAAACAUAGAAUAUAUUUCAAAUGUAUUUCCUUGCAUUAAAAAAAGCCCAUGCACACAAAUACAUUUUGAGGUCUAGCAAUUCUUUCAGUAAACUCACAUUCAGACUCCUUUGUUUAAGGGCCUAUAAUGAGAGUGUUGCAGUGACAUGACCUACAGUUCAUUAUACAUAGCUCCUUCUUAUAAUGUGAACUAAAUUUCAGAGAAUAAGAAUCUUUCAUGAAGAAUUUGAUUGUAUGCAACCCCUAAUUUGCAUAUGUAAAUUAGGGUAUGAAAGUGUUAAAAAGAACAUCCCAGUCACUCCUGUCAGAAUUAUGACCCUAAUUUUACCUACCCAGUGC